GUAGAGAAAUAUAUUAAUAUGUGUUCUUUGAUCAAUGGCUCCUUUGUUAUGCUUAUGUAUUGAAGUGGAGGACAUUAUAAAAGUAAAAAAAAAUUGAACUGUGGAGUAAGUGAAGUAAUACUCUUUAUCAUUAAGAAUGCAAUUAACCAAAUUAUUUAAUAAAGACUUCAUAUAUUUCUUGUUGUCAUAUUCACAAUCUGUCCAUAUUCCAGAGUUGGAGCCAUCUUCUUAUGAUAUUGAUCAACACACUCCUCAGAAUGUUCUAUCAAAUACCAGUCCUAGACCAGUGGUCUUGUGGCAUGGUUUGGGUGACAACUUCAAUUCCAGUUUUAUUCAUAGAGCAUCCCAAAUACUUGAUGUACACUACCCUGGAAUAUAUGUAUUUCCAAUAAGCUUAGGUGAAACACCAUCUGAUGAUCAACAUAAAUCCUUCUUUGGUGAUGCCAAUAUUGAAUUAGAAGAUGUAUGCGAACAAUUAAGGAAUAAUACUAUUUUACAAGAUGGAUUUGAUGCAGUUGGUUUCUCUCAAGGAGGCUUGUUCUUACGAGCAUUAGUAGAGAGAUGUUCUGGAUUAAAAGUUCAUAACUUGAUAACAUUUGGAUCCCCACACAAUGGAGUUCUGGAACUUCCGUUAUGCGAAGACCCUUCUGAUUGGGUUUGUAAGACAAGAAAUUCUCUUUUAAAGAAACAAGUAUGGUAUGAUACAGUUCAAAAGCGAGUUAUUCCUGCUCAAUACUUUAGAGAUCCAUAUGUGUAUGAAACUUAUUUGAAACAUUCAAAUUUCUUAGCUGAUGUUAAUAAUGAAAAAGAGAUUGUUAAUCAAACUUAUAAGGAAAACUUCCAAAAUCUUAACAAAUUGAUUUUAAUAGACUUUACCCAGGAUACUACCUUGGUUCCAAAAGAUAGUGCUUGGUUUUAUGAUUCAGAGGCUGAAACAGGUGAAACUUUAGAAUUUACAGAAACUAGAAUCUAUAAAGAAGUUCUUAUUGGUCUUCAGAAAUUAUAUAAAGAGAAUAGGAUUGAUUUUUUAAGUAUAGAGGAAGAUCAUAUGCGGAUAACUGAUGAAUACUUUAACAAGAUAGCUAUUGAGUAUUUAGGUAAAUAAACAUUUUAUGGAUUGCAGUAAUUUUUCUGCUGAAAAAUAGAGAGCGAGACUAAAUAUAAAACGAGAAGAGUUGAGUUUAGAACUGUAGUUAUCAUAAAAGGGAAAUAAAUAAUGGAUGAACAGGAAGAGGAUAGAAAGUCGCGAUUAGCGGCAUUGAGGAAGAAUAGAAAUAAAAAUAAAAAUAAGUCAAGUGAAGAAAGUGUAUUCAGUAGAACACUUGAAGCUCAACAAGUCGAACAACUCCUAACAGCAGAAGUUCCAGAAUCAUCAGAUUCUACAACAUUGGAAUCUCAGGAGACUACGAAUCAGGUGCAGGACCAACAU